AUGCUUGGAGGGAGCUCAGAGCGGAACCUCGCUCUGAAAUCUGCCAACGGAGAAGCACCCAUGUCUGUCGCGUCGGGUCAACAAAACCCCGAAUCAUCGCUGCCCCAUAACCAGAUGAAUAACACCGAUGUAUCGCUCUCGCAACCCAAACCCGGGGAGUCGUCAGAACAGGUUCCUGGCUCUGUCGCAUCUGCUCAAGCUUCCGGUGCUGCCGCCAAUGCAGAUCUCGCCGAUGGAUCGAGGAAACACCUGCUUGCGCCCGCUGCAUCGCGGAGCUCGUCAAAGGUAGACAAGCAAUCAACGCUCGACAAGGCGCAGGAGACGGUCCACGAUGAUUCAGAGAACACAUUGCGAGGUUCGAAGAGAAGCAUUCUGAAGGGGCGGAGAGACAGGAGUAGGGGUAGUAGCAGGAGAUCUCGACGGCAAAAUCAAGACUCGGCUAGCGUGGAGAACCAGAAGAUGCCGACCGGUCCGGAAGCGCCCCAGCCAGAAAAGAAGAAGGUCUCGCUCCGGAUUUUUGCUUUCCUGAGUUGCUGCUCCUCAUCCAAUGUCGAUUCAGAAGACACGGCCAUUCCAGCCAAGAAAACCGUCAAGCGGCAAUCUCUGUCCAACCGGCAGCCUACGCCAGAGAAAACGGAGCCCACCCCUACCGAUCAGAGCACAACAGGACCUAGGGAGCAGAAUCAAUAUCGGGAAGAAAAGCCUAACCCGACCGUGACUUCCAAUCAAUCCCCAACUCAGGUUGAAGAAGAAAGCAAUGCUGCGCUCCAAGAGAAAGACGCGCAAAUCAAUGAGACUGCCCCGGCUUCCGACCAGAUUCAACCCGAUCAUGGUCCUGCGACCGUUCAGAAAGAUUACGAUGACCAAGCCUCGACAAGUGCACCCCGUGAUGCGGCACCGAUGCCAGCCCCGGCACUGGAAAAAGACGAAAGCCCUGCGCAGAAAUCCGAGGAGCAUGUUCAGUCUCCUUCAGUCACUUGGGAUCAAUCUGUUGAUGAUUCUCCGGUGGCAGACCCGAGCAAGGCAAUGGCAAAACCGUUGGCCGAGACCGAUCCGAAAGAGGAAGUCCAAUAUUAUGCCCAUGACGAAGAAGCUAUGGGAAUACCACCACCCCCGCCUCCGAUGGCUCCCCCAAGUCAAGAGGGAAUCCAACAGCAGUGGCUGCUGCCGCCUGCUGUGCCUCCAUUGCAAAAUCGGAAAUGUCUUGUUCUCGAUCUGGAUGAGACCCUGGUACACAGUAGCUUCAAGGUUCUUGAACGCGCCGAUUUUACUAUCCCGGUAGAGAUUGAAGGCCAAUACCACAACAUCUACGUGAUCAAGCGACCUGGAGUCGAUCAGUUCAUGAAGCGAGUGGGAGAAUUAUAUGAAGUGGUUGUCUUCACGGCAUCUGUCUCCAAAUACGGUGAUCCUCUAUUGGACCAGUUGGACAUCCAUGAUGUCGUCCACCACCGAUUAUUCAGAGACAGUUGCUACAAUCAUCAGGGCAACUACGUCAAGGAUCUCUCUCAGAUCGGGCGUGAUAUUCGGGAGACAAUCAUCAUCGACAAUUCCCCGACUUCAUACAUCUUCCAUCCUCAACAUGCGAUACCCAUCAGCAGCUGGUUUUCUGAUGCUCACGACAAUGAGCUUCUUGAUUUAAUUCCUGUUCUCGAAGACCUUGCUGGCACCCAGGUUCAGGAUGUCAGCCUGGUUCUUGACAUCUCCUUAUGA